AUGACGAGAAGUGGGCAGUGGAGCAUAAUAUUUCUGAUAAACAACGGAGGAUACACAAUUGAAGUUGAGAUCCAUGAUGGGCCCUACAAUGUGAUCAAGAAUUGGAACUACACUGGACUGAUUGACACCAUCCAUAAUGGGGAAGUCAAAUGCUGGACAACCAAGGUUCGUUGUGAAGAUUAG